AGGUUCUUAGGACCACAUUUAGAAACUGGCAAAUUGUUCAAGAGUCUAAACUCUUAAGCACUGACGCCAGCACUUUGAAGAUGACACAGUCUGCACUCCCGAAGUCCAGGCCGCCUGCCCCGGUUCCUCCCUACAACCCCUUUUGGACUGCACUGUAGUAGGCAGAAUCCGCCCAGCAGUUGCUAGGAUACGUCGGGCCGUUACUCAGGCGCGGACUGAUGACGUAGCCAAUGCUUCCGGUCCCUGGGUUGUCGCUUCGAUGGGAGCCAGGUCAGUGGGCUGUGCCCGCAGGCGGACCCUACGCUGAGCACCUCGAGGCGUGGGGUGUUCUCUGCCAGAGGGGCCAUCUGGAUUGUGCCGGACCCGUGACUCGCCGUUGCUUUCUUCCCAGCAUAAGCCGCUGGAUCCCCAGCGCACCCCUGGAACAGCCCACUUGCCCUGGACGAACCCCUCAGCAGCCACAGAUUGUCCUUGAGGAGAAUGCUGGGUUCAGCUAUGUGGACCUAGUGGAGGGGUUACAUGAUGGACACUUCUACGCCCUGAAGCGAAUCCUGUGUCAUGAGCAGCAGGACCAGGAGGAAGCCCAGCGAGAAGCAGACAUGCAUCGCCUCUUCCAUCACCCCAACAUCCUUCACCUUGUGGCUUACUGUCUGAAAGAGUGGGGCACAAAGCAUGAGGCCUGGCUGCUUCUACCCUUCUACAAGAAAGGCACGCUGUGGAGUGAGAUAGAAAGGCUGAAGGACAAGGGCAACUUCCUGAGUGAGGAGCAAAUCCUUUGGCUGCUGCUGGGUAUCUGCAGAGGCCUUGAAGCUAUUCACGCCAAAGGUUAUGCCCACAGGGACUUGAAGCCCACCAAUAUCUUGCUUGGAGAUGAGGGGCAGCCAGUCUUAAUGGACUUAGGUUCCAUGAAUCAAGCACGUAUCCAUGUGGAGGGUUCCCGACAGGCCCUGACCCUGCAGGACUGGGCAGCCCAGCGGUGCACCAUCUCCUACCGUGCCCCAGAGCUCUUCACUGUGCAGAGCCAUUGUGUCAUCGAUGAGCGGACUGAUGUCUGGUCCCUAGGUUGUGUGCUUUAUGCCAUGAUGUUUGGGGAAGGUCCUUAUGACAUGGUGUUCCAGAAGGGUGACAGUGUGGCUCUUGCUGUGCAGAACCAACUUAUCAUCCCCCAGAGUUCCAGGCAUUCUUCAGCAAUGCGGCAGCUGCUGGCCUCCAUGAUGAUGGUGGACCCCCAGAAGCGCCCUCACAUUCCUCUCCUCCUCAGCCAGUUGGAGGCUCUGCAGCCCCCAACUACUGGCCAGCACACUACCCAGAUCUGAAGAAACCAGAGGCCACCUUGAGAGGAUGGCCCUUCAUGCUUUGGAAAGAGGCUCUCAUCCCUCAUCGGAGCUCUACCCAUUCUGUUAGGAUUGCUCUUAUGGUUGGGGACAGAGGGUGGGGACUAUUAUCCCUAUCCUGUUUCUCAGUCCCCUUCUGCUCUUACCCCCACUGCUCAGGCAAGGACCCGGACGGGCUGGACCAGGGCGAAAGUGAGAAAAUGUGGUACGUGGCUCUGAGCUGGACUGCUGGGCUUGUAUCAUGGUUAACUUCCAAAUCUGGGAGCAGGAGAAUAAAGUGAAAGCAGGUUACUGUGGA